UGUAUAGAUCUAUACAUGUACACGUAUAUAUAGGGUGCAUAAUGUAUCUUUCGUAUCUCUCGCGAGGGCAGGCCAACGGUUCCUCUAAUUUCACGGGUGCUGUUGUUCAGUUGUCUGGCAGGGUCUGACUGUACUUAACAAAGUAAAAAAAGUAAGUGACAAAGAAGAGAAGUACAUGUAAAUCACAUGAAUACUAGAUCUAGGCUAUGAUGAAACAAACUGUAUACGAAAGUGGAAGUAGACAACGAGAUUGAGGUUGAGAACAAUAGAAACUAGAUCUAUAUAUAUUCAUUUUGUGGGGGUAAAAAAACUACAAAACGUUCAGCUGUAAGAUAUUAUUGAAGAGUACGAUAUAACAUUAUUCCCUUGACCUUUUUUCCCCAACAGUAAACAAAAAGAAAACCUACAUCUGCCGCAAGGAGUUUACAGUAAUCUACCGUCAAAUCCUAGCCAAAUCACAUCGUAUCGUGCGCCUUCCCAGAAAUCGCUGACCCCGCGACCUUAUAGUAGGUCAAAGGUGACGAGAAAGAGAAAGUUGCGGACAUUUUUCAAGAUGGUGACUAUGCCAGGUUGUCAAACAAAUCUAACUAGCUGAUAAUCGUUCCAACAAAAUGUUGUGACACUUUUUAUGUCCACAUAAUACUUCCUUUUUAUAAGGACAAAGAUAGUUUUAUUUAUUAUCUUUGAUAAGGAUCAAUUUCCAACUUCAGAUAAGAAACAAAGAAUACUUAAACUAUUUUUGGGGCUCCUCUGCAUUAAGUGAAACGAUACCGCCAAUGUUCACUUCGCUUAUCUGGCAAUUGAGUUUUCAUAACAUGCAUGGAGUGAAGAAAGUGUGUACCCUUGAAACCCAGAAACAAAGGCUUAGAUCUAGAAUCUACAUGCAUUUUUCGCAAAUCCUUCUGACAGUGUAAGAAAAUAAGUUAGCAAUGUUGAUGAAAUUCGCGAGAAGCAGGUCGACUUUAGUGUUUAGGCUAUCCCAGCUGCAGAAUUGUUUACCCCAAUGUCGCCAGAGAUGCACGACCACAACGUCGUUCCACUGCUACGGUUGUCAACGUCAACGAACAUUUGCACAACAAGCGACAUCGCACCAUGAUGUAUCCCUUAGUGAAAGUCGCUCUGUGCACACUGGGCCUGCAUUGUGGAAAAAGAAGGAGAUCAGCUCAGAGCCCAUCAAGUUCACCACAAGUGCCGCCAACGUGCGGUCUAUGCCCGAGCCAGUGGACAGGAACGAAUACCAGGGGGUCAUCGUCGCCGCCAGUCUGUUUGUGUUCCUCACUUACUUCUUGUACCUCCGGGAAGAAAACGAUCUGGACGAACAGUUGAACGUUCAUCUCUUCGACCGAGUACCGGGAAUUGAGGAGCCUCACUUGGCUCAGGCUAUACCCAGGAUGAAGCAGCUGGGUCUGGACACUGCCGAGGCUGAGGGGAGGCUGAAGGAGCUCGUGCAAGAGCGGCUGAAGAGGGAGGAGGAAGAGAAGAAGUCCACCGCGAAAUGAUGCUAGAGAGUCUGCUAGCUAGAAAGUUGUGCCAGAUUUCAUUCAACUGCUCGGUGUAGUAAUACGGGGUGCCCACUACGGAUGAGAUCGGCCGAUCGCCCAACUCGGUCUCCUCAAAAACAUACAUGUUUGUUUUCAGUUUCAGGCGACCGAGUCGGGCGCCGGGCGUAGUGGGCACCCCGUUUAAGACUCCCGUCAUCAUACUUCACUUUACAACGUGGUGUAUGGAGGAGUCUUACAAGAUCAAGAAGCGGUCAAUGUGAUGGUUGCCUGUGUCUGUGUGUGAAGAUGACUUUUAGCCUGCUCUACGUCUUCACUUCUUGGAUGGAUUUGUGGGUUGAGCUGAUCGCACAGUUAAAAGGUGGAAAUGAUGACAUUUGUGGAGUUUUUUUCAAGGGAAAUGGACAGCGAGGCUUUUCAGGGUCGGAAGCUUUAUUUGCUCUUUGACUUUGAACACACAACAUUUUUAGUGAGGAAAAUUAGUAUUUAGUACAUAUAUAAUUAUGUCUCAGUCUUUCUGCUGGGACAUUGUAUCCCUCUCAGCCUGGGUUGGCCUUGGACAGGCAGGGUUGACGGAGCCGCCCUUCUACUAAAUGAUCGAAAUUGUGUUGGUGGGAGCAUAAAGUGUCUGCAAUUACUUUAUGUCAGGACAGCUCUAGGGUGUCAACUCCGAUCUCAUGGGUAGUGAAAGGGGACUUUGCUAUCGCUCCUUGCUUUCUCAAAGUGUAUAGCUGAGGACUUGCUGUCAAUUUUUUGCAUUGAGGUUUGAUUUGAUUUAAAGAAAGAGAUCGUCUUUUUCAAGCAUUUGAAUUUGAUAUACUGUUCAGAAUUGUAAAGGCAGAGUCAACAUGUCGCGUUUCCUUGAAAUUGUAUAGAUUAAAGUACAUGUUAUCAAGAUAUGUUUGGUAGGCCUAUACUCUAUUUUUAUUUCAACUUUUUCUGAAACACACGAGUUUCAGUAGUUGGGGAUGAAAGAAAGGAAUUGCUUGGAAGGAACAUCGUGCGUCCACUGAUUUUUUCAUUGAAUUGCAGUUUUGAAAUAUUCUCAGGGCUCAUUGUACACAUGAUGUAUAAAAAGUAUGCUUCUUCUACUUUUUGGUGUUGGUAACUAAUACUAUUAACAGUAGAGUCAGUAACAGUUUUACUUUCAUCUAUUCUAUCCUCAAAAUUGUUUUGAUAAUGAUAAUGAAUGACAUUUAUAGCGCUCAACCCCAAUUUACGAAUUUGUUAAUACUUUCUAAGAACAAGCUCAAGAUCAGAAUAAUUUUUACCCGCAGAAAAACUAUAAUUUUGGCUAUUCAAUUAAUUACUGAUUACCGCAUAUCCUUUUCCAGUGGGCUAUUCUGCUGACACUGAGAUUGAAUCUAUCAGUGACCCCAACACUAUGGGGAGGUGUGUGUUUGAAAGUUUGUGUUUUGGCAAGCAAUCAUACAAACAGGUGAUGUCUUGGUUGAGACAAAUUUUAAUAAUUUGACGGAUCGAAAGCAAGUUCAUGCACUGUAAGAUCGCUGUUGUAUUCCGAGUCUGCGCAAAUUGAAACCUGUUAUAGUUAUAGCCAGGUUCAUUUUACUUCAACUACUUAUAGAGAGAAAAAGAAAACCGGGGAUUUGAUUGAUCACUGUUAUAUAAUAAUAACAGAGGCUGUUAUAAGUUAUAAAUGGACUGGACUGUAGUUAUGUAAUUUCAUGAUCAAUUGUGCUGUCUGAUAUAUAUGUAAUUUAAACUGUUUUGUUUGAAGAUAUUUGUCAUGUUAAUGUAAAAUAAUUCCAGAUCUAAUUCUAAGUAUGUAUGAGAAAUGAAAUUUACUUGUAUUUGUUUGCAGAGUGUGAAUAAAACUAAAAGCGAUAGUUUGUUACUUUGAAA